AUGUCGACAGUAGGGGGUGACGAUCCUUUCAGGGCAUGGUUAGAUAAGCAUACCAAUGGGGCGCAGGCGACGGGUACGGAUGCCACUGAGAAGGCUAGAAAAAUUGAAAAAAAAAUGAAGACGGAUUUGGAGGGUGAAUGGAAGAAAUUGAGGGAAUCCUUGGAGCGCCCGGGGUCCAUGGAAAUAUCUGGUCUGUGUGCGGACGCCAAGGACCUUGUGGACGCGGCGAGCAGUACGCCAGAGUCUGAGUACAUGCAGAACUUAUGUAGCGCCAUAGCUGAAAUAAAAUAUUUCAUGAGUGGAAUAAAAUCGAAGAGGGAGCUUACAGAGAAGGGUACAGUUAUGAGCAACGAUGAGAAAGUGGAGAAGGAGGAUCUUACUGAUGAGCAAGCCUACAGUCGGUGCAUUGUCGGAACAGUUGCUUUAAGGGAGUUGUAUGGAGAUCAUUGCCAAAUGAAUGGAAUCAUAGGACAGAUAUCGUCCAAUGUGGACGCCACAUUAAGGGGCCACUUGAACAACAAUGCACAAGGCCUUGAGCACCAACUGAAUAAAUGUGAGGGAAUUACUCCCACACAUUUAAUGUUCGGUAAAUCCCUCCUCGCCAGCACAAUCCGGGGGUGGGCCCAAGGAGAUCGGGAGAAGGAAUUGAGGAAGGUGGGGGGAUCACAGGGUGCCCGGAGGGUGGGGUACGUGUGGAGGUGGUGGCCACGGGUCUGUAAGAAGCCCAAGCCGGGGGACUCUGAGCACGAUGAAGCAAGAAAGGAAAUUCUACAGCAGAAUAAAAAAAGUUUAGUCAAUUUCACUUUAGGGAAGAACACUCAAAGUGGUAGUAAUGCAUCAUCUACCAUGGAAGACAUCUUAGUAAAUGACGACUACACGAUUUCACAGGAAAAAUUAACUAAAGCACUUCAGGAUUCCAUGCAAAGCGACACUGCUGGCAGUACUACUCUUGCUUUAGACAAGGCAGUAGAGAAGUUAACGAAGGCAGCCAAGGAAACUGAAGCUGAAGCAUGUAUCAAGAGCAAGGAGAAUGAAGGAGCUGACAAAAUGUGUGAACGCUUAACUUGUAUGCAACACUUAUGGCAGAACAGUACUGCAGCAAACCAAGGAAGCGGCAACGACAAAUUCUGGAGAGAGAAUGAUGGUGAUGUGAAGAAAUUAUGGGAAGAAUUGGCACAGAAAAUGAAGGACAGUAAUGGCACAGGCAGUUCGAAUGAAUGUAAUUCAUUGCAAAAUCCGUCUGAUAAGACGGCAUGCAAUUUUUUGCAUGCCGGCUUUAAAGAACUGUACAAGGAUCUGUCGUCGUCGAAAGACGACGACAACAAACUUUUGUCUAACCCAUCGUUCAGACAAACGAUGGGUUGUUUCUUACUUCAUUCAUAUGCACAACAUAUGAAGAAGAAAGCUGUUUGUGACAUAGAGGAAGGAAUAAAACUGGCAUUUAAGGCAUGGGAGGAUCCAAAGAAGGAACCUGGAACUUCCUGCCAGAAGGGUGCCGAUGGCAAGGAAUCUUGUGUUCUUUGCCAUUGGAAUGAAAAUGGCAACAUUGAAAGUUGCCUCCAGAAAAUUACCAUAAACAGCACAACCCCCACAGAGACUGCAAAGGACAAAGUGAAAAAAAUUGUCACUGACGAGGGCGACCCCAACAUAAAGGAUAUGCUAAUUGAAAUAAAUGAAAUGACUAAUUUAUGUGACGGCUUACAAUGUAUAGCAUCUCGUGUUAACACAUCUGCUAAUAAGAAGGACUUUUGGGACAAGGAUGUCAAGACAUUGUGGAAAGAAUUAGCAGAGAAAAUGAAGGAGAGUAAUGGAACAGGGAAGGGAAAUGGAUGUGAUUCAAUGCCACAUGCAACUCCUUCUGAAAAGGCGGCAUGCAAGUAUUUGCAUGCCGGUCUUAAAUACUUAAAAGGAAAUUCCACAUCUGACGCCAAUAAAUACACCAUCCUGAAGGAUGACCCAUCGUUGAAACAAGCGAUGGGUUGUUUCCUUCUUAAAGAAUAUGCAAAGCAGAUGCAAAAAAAAUCGACCUGUUUUAUCGAUUCCGCUUUAAAGGAAGCUUUCAAUUCCUGGGGUCCAACUACUAAGGGUGAAUGCACGAACGGUAGUGGUCCGUGCAUUGAAUGUAAAUGGGACGAUAGCGACUAUGACAAAUGCACCGUGCAGAUUGACACAGGCAGCACGAGCACUACAGAGGACGAAAUGAAAAAAAUUAUGGAAGGAAAAGACCCAGACACUAAGUCAAUCACGGACGACAUAAAUAAAAUGACUACUUCAUGUGACCGUCUACAGUGUAUAGCAACCCACUUAAAUUCGCCCAAUGGAAAAAAAAGUGCGGAGGACUUUUGGAAUAAGGACGGCGAAGUGGGACAACUAUGGCAAAAAUUGUCCGUAGCGAUGGCACAAAGUGGGGACAAUGACACUGGAAAUGGAUGUGAUCAAAUGGAUAAUGGUAGUAAUGGCAGAACUGCCACCGGCCCUGAAAGGAAGGCAUGCCAAUAUCUUACACUAGGUUUCAGAGAACUGAAGAGCAUUGCAGCGUCUAACGGCACUGACAACAAAAUCCUGUCUAGGGACCCAUUGUUUGUCCAAACGGUGGGUUGUGUCCUUCUUAAAGAAUAUGCAAAACAAAUGCAAAGUACAUCAAACUGUGUCAUUGAUUCUGGUAUAGAGAAGGCAUUCAGGGCAUGGAACGAAAAAAAAGGACCUUCUUGCACCAACGGUAGUCCGUGCAUUGAAUGUAAAUGGAAUGACGACGACUAUGGAAGUUGCCAAGUUCACACAACUAACACAUCUGGCAACACAACCCAAGCACAAGUAAUGGAAAAGUUAACAUCAGUUAAGGACAGAAUUGAAGGCACCGCAUCUACCAUAAUGAACGACAUAAACAUAACAAAUUCUUUAUGUGACAAACUCCAAUGUGCCGCAGGGAAGUGGUUCCAAAGCAACGGAAAACCGAACGGUGGUACUGGUACUCCAAAGAAGACUUGGUGUGACUUUUGGGAUAGCGCUGUUAGUGAGGCACUGCAGAAGAUCUUCGGACACAUCGAGAAGAACAGUGCAACCAAAACUGAUGGUACAUGCACCACCUUUGGUGAUGAUAAUCCUGAUAGUGUUGAAAGAAGAGCUUGUAAUCAUAUCACAGCAGGUUUAGACUACAUUAACACACUUAGUGGUGUUAGUGGUAAUGGCAACCAACUGCUCGAUAGAGCAGUUGGUUGUAUUGCUCUUAACAUGUACGCUGAUGAAAUAAUUAAAAAAUCGAAUGAUAAUUGUCCCAUUGAUGAGAAAAAAAUAGAAGAAAUGUUUACUAAAUGGAAUGAUCAAUAUAAUAAAAGUUCUUCGCCUCCAUGUAAUGGAGGUGCUAAUAAUAAAGAUUGUUUCCUUUGUAAUAGGGUACAAAAAUCAGAACUUAAUAAUUGCCAACUAAGUGUUUCCAACACUUUGAUUAAUACACCAUCACCAAAUGGAAAUUGCGAUAAUGGCGCAACUAACGUGAAGACUAAAAUGGAAGGUCUACUCAACAAAGACACUAUCAAGAUGGAAGAAAAAGUGUCCAAAAUCACUAACAUUACGAAAUCUCCUUUCUGUACUCAACUUCAAUGCGCAAUCAAACACUACGCAAAAAGCAAAAAUGGAAAAAUAUCACCCUGGGAUGGAUUUUGGGAGGAGACUGGUGAAGUAGGACAACUGUGGACAGAACUGUCCACCACAAUGACAGAGAAAGGCACGACGAAUCAGAAUGGAUGUGAUCAAAUGUAUGAUAAUGGCACUGGCACUACCACUAGAGAAGCAACUGACCCUGAAAAGAGGGCAUGCAAUUAUUUGCAUGUCGGCUUAAACCAACUGUACAAUCCGCCGGCGACGGCGGCGUUGACGCCGUCGUUGCCGUCGUCGUCAGGAACCAUCAGCCUGAAGGACAACCCACUGUUGAGACGAACGUUGGGUUGUUUACUUCUUAAGGAAUAUGCAAAGAAAAUGAAAGAAAAAUCUACUUGUGUUAUCGAUUCUGGCAUAGAGAAGGCAUUUAAGGAAUGGAAUGGAAAUAUUACUAAUGGUACUUGCAAUGACAAGGAACCUUGUGUCCCUUGCCAAUGGAAGGAUGACAGCAUUGACACUUGCAAAAUUAACACAACUGGCACAGGUGGCACCACAACUCCAACGCCAGUACGGGAGAAGUUAACACAAGUUCAGCCCCAAAUUACUAACAGCGCAACUAACACCCUACCGAAAAUAAAUGAAAUGUCCACUUUAUGCGAAUACAUUAGAUGCGCCGGACCCAAAUGGUUCAAAAACCAAAUGAAAGGAACUGGUAAUACUGCAACCAAGAAUUGGUGUGACUUUUGGGAGGUGGAAGGCGUCAAACCGGAACUGAAGAAAAUGUUUGACAAGAUCGCCUCCGAAGGACAGAACAAAUCAAAGAGCAAAGCUAAUGGUGUAUGCAGCACCUUCGGUGAUGGUAAUCCUGAUAGUGUUGAAAGAAAAGCUUGUAAUCAUAUCACAGCAGGAUUACAACACAUUAAAGACGUUAAAGGGGACAAAAAUGGUAGUCAACAUAAAGAGGCCAACCAACUGUUCGAAAGAACAGUUGGUUGUAUUGCUCUUAACAUGUACGCUGAUCAAAUAAAAAAGGAGUCGCAGGAUAAAUGUCCCAUUGAUGAAUCUAGAAUAAAAGAAAUGUUCACUAAAUGGAAUCUACAAAAUAAUAAAUCUUCGUCUUCAUGUAAUGGAGGUGGUAGUACUAAUGUUUGUUUUGAAUGUCAAAGGGAAGAAAAUUUUGGUCCUUGCAACCUCCUCGUUGAUAAAGGUCUCAUUGGAACAUCAGCAUCAUCAGGUGGAAGUGCAACUUGCAAUGAUAACGAAGACAAAGAAGACGUCCAAAAACAAAUGAAAGAACUCCUCGAAUCCAACGACUCAUCCCAAUCCAACUCUACCAUUAAAUCCAACAUAACGACCACCUUAUCUACUAUCACUGAAAUGGCCUCUUCUUUCUGUACUCAAGUCCAAUGCGCAGCAAAGAAAUGGAAAUCAGCAAAGAACCAACAUAAUAGUGGACAAAGCACCGAUGUGAAGUGGAAUGACAUGAAGGAUGAGAUGGAGACGGAAUUAACGAAACUUCUAGGAUAUAUGACGCAGUCUAAAAAUCAGGAGAAAGUUGCCCAAUACUGCGAUGAUGACACUAAAUGGUAUAAACUUGGCCAUAAAGAAAGCAAAACAAAUAAAGCAGCUUGUUUAUUUUUUGCUUCAGGAUUAAAACACAUUUAUACUCACGGUAAUGGCCGUGUUAACGGCCCAUCGUUUAGACAAACGAUGGGUUGUUUAUUUCUUAAAGAAUAUGCAAAACAAUUGCAAACAAUGGCAAAUAAGAAGAAGCAAGGACAUAGUUGGGUACAUCCCCAUUGCAGCAUAGAGGAUGGUAUAACAUAUGCUUUUGGUAAAAGUGAAGACAUUAUGAAGAGUGCAUUAACUCAAUGCAACAAGGGUCCUAAUGGUACUUCUUGUUUUGUAUGCACACAGGAGGAAGAUUAUGAUAAUUGCCACAUUGGCAAGGACGAAGUAAAGCCCCAAGUGGAACCACUGCUCGAAGAGAAGAGUGACUUAAUGGAAAAAACAUUAGAGAACACAGUCUGUCCCAUCCUUCUUACGGAUCUCCUUACCCCUUUUCUUCCUUUGGCUCCUGUCUCUAUUGGCCUUUCUGCUGUGGCUUAUUACCUUUGGAAGUAUUUUGGUCCUCUUGGUAAAGGAGGACAACGUUUCAGAAGAUCUCCUACUGAAAUUCCUGGUCCAUCAGUACAAGAACAAGUCCUCGAUCAUGUGCAGCAAGAUAGUUCACAUGAAUAUCGAUUGGUAAAGGAACGAAAACCUCGUUCUGCUCCAACGAGAACGAAACGUUCUGGUCCCGUGAAUCGCCGCACGAUUAUUGAAAUUCAUUUUGAAGUGUUGGAUGAAUGUCAAAAAGGGGACACACAAUUGAACCAGAAGGAUUUUCUGGAACUUUUGGUUCGAGAAUUCAUGGGAUCCGAAUUAAUGGAAGAAGAACAGGUUUCUAAGGAAGAGGUUCUUAUGGAAGGGGUUCCUUUGGAACGUGUUCCUAUAGAAGAGGUUCCAAGUUUAGGUUCCGUGUUUAUGGUUUAG